AAGAAAUAAAUCAAAUGUCAAAUUUCACUUAGCUACCAUUUAUUUAGAAAUAUAGGCUAUACUUGUAUUAUUGCAAAUAAAUUAUAAAAUUAUGAAAGGAGAGUUGGAUGAAACUAGUUUAGAACAUCCCAUCAAGACUAAGGGACCUCAUGGAUUAGGAGAUCCAGAUGAUACAUCUUUGCGAAAGGUCGAAAAGGAAGUUUUGAUACCAAAAAUUAUUAGAGACAGGUCCAGGGAAGAAAAGUGUAUAGCAGAAGUUGCUGCUUUUACAAAAUGUGGCAAGGAAAGUGGUUUGAUGAUGUGGUUGAAUUGUAGACAAGAGAACAAAAACUUGAAAUCAUGUCUUGCAAAUUGGUGGAAUAAUGAAGAUUUUAGAGAGGAAUGCAAACAGAAAUAUCUUAGGGAUAGGACUGAAUACAGAAGAACCGGUUUAACAAUGAAGCAACGUAAGGCAGAAGAGAAUAAACAAUCACAUGCCUGAGUGUAAUAGCAUAGACAAAAGUAAUUAAUAUAGACCGUCAGCUGUGCUGCGAUUACCAUUGUUUAUGGCGCACACCGCCGGGAGCGCUAAGUAGGUACGGCGUUGGCACUAAGUAACUGCACAGCGCUCCCAGCGUUGUGCGCCAGAACCUAUGGUAACCAUGGUAACCGCAGCACCACUGAGAGUUUAUAUUAGUUCUUGUUGUCUAUAAUAGUAAUAGUCUUGUUAUUAUGUUUUAUAUUCAUUGUAUAGUCUAAUUUAUUAAUUAAAAGACUGAUGGUUAA